AAGCUUGUUUGCGACUACUACUAUUAAACGCAGAAGAAGAAGCAGCAGCAUUAGAAGAAGAACAAUUUGAGGCAAUGUCGUAUGUGAAAUUGGUGUCACUGUGCGCCGCAGCUCCGGGUCUGACGGCCCUGCUGAGCGGCUCAGUGCAGGCCGCUGCUGCUGAGGGAAAGAAGAAGAACACAGAGCCGCUGCUGAACCUCCAUGAGCUGCCGUCUUUAUACACCAGACCUGAACCAGAGCCUGGUCGUGUGGAGUCAGAGGCCGGACCACUGGAGCAGAGCGUGGCGUCACUGAGGAAAUGGGCAGAGCCGUACACUGACCAGUGUCAGCAAACCAGUCAGACUGUGAUGGAGACAGCUGAGCGAAUUUACAAGACCAUGGAGCCGACCAUCGACACGUCACUUAAUAAAGUCACAGGUGUCUACCAGGUACUCAGUGACCCGCCCGCUGACCUUUACCCCAGUGUGGCUGUGGUAGGAUUCUCUGGCUUCCUGGGUCUUUAUGUGGCCAAAGGCUCCAGACUGAAGCAGCUGGUAUUUCCAGUUGGACUCGUGGCUCUGACUGCCUCCAUGUUCUACCCUCAGCAGGCCGCGGCCAUUUUAAAGAAAAGCCAGCGAGGAAACAGCAGCAGGAACAGGACCUACCUGCUCACCAUGACUCACUUCACUCUGAUGUUUAGACAACUCUGUGCGUGCGGACAUGAGUGGAGACUCUGCGUACAGCUGGGCCCAGCGUGGCCGCGUCGCCGUGGAGGCGCUGUGGAAAGAUCCACCGUUUACCAUAAACAAGUCUGAGAAGAAAGAAACGGAGAGCGACGAUGACUCGAGAAGCUGAGACGACACGAGCAACACACACACACACACUCUCUUUACAUGUUUCGAUUGACAGUCACCUGGAUUCCUUUCCACGUCAUGUUUUCACCACAUUCUGUCUUUCUUUAUACUUGUCUCUUGCUUCAGUAAAGAGGCCAAAUAAUGAACUUUAACACACACACUCCAUAUGGGUUUGACUUAUGGUUUGUUGUCCAUGUAUAAUAACAAUAAUAAUAACAUGCUGUAUAUGAGGAUUUAUCUGUGUAAUUAAAAAAGCAAGUGUCUCACUUA